UUCUGAGAGCUUUGAAAAUAUUCUCCAACAUUAAAAUGGAGAAAAGUACAGAAGAAAAUAAGACAACCCUUGAAGAAACUGUUCAUGGGGCGCCCAAAGUAACCACCCCAACAAGGAAUUUCAAAUUUGAUCCUGAAUGGGUCCAAGUUCUUAUAAAUUUAAGGAUGAAGUAUGCCAAGUUAUUUACUAGGCAUAGAAAUUCUGCUUCAGAUGGAUGGAAAUUAGUGUAUGAGGAGCUCAAAGAAUCAGGUGCUCCUCAAUACAUAACAAUGGCAAAUAUAAAAAAGAAAUGGAUGAAUUUAAUGGCGCGAUUUAGACAAAUAAAGAAUUCGGUUGUGGACGAUCAAAGUGUUACAUGGCCUUACUUUGAGCAGAUAAAUAGAGCAUUUGGAACAAAGUAUUCGCCAAAACCUGGUGAGGAUUUGGACAAAAAAAGUGAUAGUAGUUUAUUAAAUGCGAUUAAUAAUGAUGAACGGCAAAAUUUUAUAAGAAAACUGAUCGAGCUCAGAUAUAAUCAUCGUCACCUAUUCACUGGUAAAAAAUAUACUGCCAGAUAUGGAUGGAUGAUUAUAAGAACACUUCUACAAUGUGAAGACAGAUAUUCAGUGGAACAACUAAGCAAGUGUUGGCAAAACCUAGUGCAGAGAUAUAAACAAUUGUUAAGGCAUGAAAGCACUGUAAACAUAACAUGGCCCUAUUUUCAAUUGAUGCACAAUUGGUUCAGCGAAGACACAGCUCCAAAAACAGAUGGCAUAAAAAGUACUAUUGAUUCAACUCAAAAUAUAAUCGAAGGAGAACUAGGCAAUUUAAACGAAAAGACUGAAGAAAACGAGGAAUUAAAAAUUAAAAUUUCCAGGGAGAUUGUGUUUGCGAAAUUAUCUGAUCAAAUUAAUAAUGUAAAAAUUAAGCAGGACCUGUUAAACAAUGAGAUUUUGAGGAGCCUAAAAAAUAUUGAGCAUAUGCUCACUGAACACACUUGUGUUUGCAACAAUACACCUAGUAAUAGUAGUAAGUAGUUUCAAUGUAGUAUAGGUUGUUAAAU